AUCAUACGUUGUUGAAUUAAUGACUUAAUUUACGGCAUUACGCGGCGUUUUCUGUCUUUGUUAUGGAACCUCUGAACCAGUCAGACGUCAUGCAUCUUCAAGAUCCUCUCCCCACUGCACUUGAUCUUUCAAUGGGUUGCAAAGGAAAUCGUCUCAAGCAAAGUCCUGUAGAGGCACUGGACUUAGUGAAAAAGCCCAGUUGGUAUGGUCUCAACCCAGGAAGCGACAGUCGCACAAGCUUACCCGAAAACAGGUCUGACUGCCUAAUUCCCCAGCCUUGCAAACAGGCUACUCCAGAUAUGCCUUACACAGACCAAGCACUGAGCUAUCCCUAUGGAUCAAGGUCUUGUGUCUUACCCCCACAUAAUCCACAGUCUUUCCAACUGCCCACAUUUAACGGACUGCCUAAUGUGGCUCAAAUACUUUCACAGUGCUCUGCAGCUGACCAACUCAUUAUGGGAGAUGAUACAUGUCCUAAAAUGGACCAGAAUUUUACACAACACCCUAGCACACAGUUGUCAUCCAGGAGUAGAACAUCAGGUUUUGCGCAUCAGGAAGUGGAACUUGGGCCUGAAAGCUCUCCCACGUGCAUGGAGGCAAAGCUUGGAACUGCCUCUACGCACAAUGGAAUGGAUUGCACAUGGAACGGCACAGAUUCAGAUGAGCUGGAAAUCACUGGGAAUUCCAGUAGUGGGGCGUACCUCACUGACGCAGUGACAGCUGUGGAGGUUAGUAAGGGCUCGGUACCGUUUCAGGACCUGAACAGCUACAGUGGUUCUACAGUUGAAUACAGCAGCCCAACAGAGUGUCAAGUCUCCGAGACCACCCAAUGUCAUGAAACGGUAAAGCGCACUACUCAUUUACUGACAACAGAUUCUCUGGAGGAGUCUUCAGAGGCCAAGCCCUCACUGGUACCAGAGCAAACUGACGUUAUCACUCUGAUGCCUGAAUGUGCUGGGACAGGCACUGGUGUGAAUUCUUCAUCUUCUGUUCAGUUCAUCUCAGACAGUGAUGACAGUGAUGUCAUUGAGGUGCCUGUGUCUAACCCCAUUUGUAAAAAACAAUCCAGCAGUCCAGACAGUAAGUCAAACCAGGGUCCAGUUAGUCAAACCAGGGAUUCGCAAGUCAGUGAGACAAACCAUGAAAGUAAAGCUUCUCUAUCGGGGAAACAGUGUGUUGAUCUUGAAACAGAUGCUAUGGACUGCACUUCAGUUGUGAAUGAAUCUUCAACUAGUCCUCUUGCCACCAGUGACUUUGAUUCCAAAACCCAAGAUGUUGGAUAUUCCUUAAAUGCAGAAGCAGUUGCUAUGACUUUACCGUCUACCUCAGAUGCAAAAAAUCCCAGCAUCAUCAAAUCUCCACAGAGUGGAGCUUCCACUACACCUUCAAAUCAUUCAUCAUGCACAGAUGGGCCACAGACUACCCCAACGUCUAGGAGAAAGAAGAGAACCAAGCCAAGGCCCAAACAGAAGAGCCCAGCCAAACAGAUGGGGGCUUCUCCAGGCAGCAAAUGUACAACUAAGGCAGCCAAGCGAAGGCGGAAGAAACCACAGCCAUCUGGGUCGUCCUCUGUGUUCUCUCCUCAGGAACCAGAGAUCAAACUGAAGUAUGCAAACUACAAAGAGGAGAAAAGGGAAACCCGGGCCGACGGCUUUGCUCCGUACGUCCGCAUGGAGCUGCGGGAAUUUUCUGCCUGCACUGUCGUCAACUUCCAGGAGGACGAUGAUGACUUCAGGAUCAAGAAAGGUUCCCACCAGGCAACCACGGGACCAGUUUCAGGGCUUGUGCCCAAAACUUCUUGUUUUCAGCUUGGUCGUCUUAGCUCAGGUAGCAAGGCCCAGAGUAUCCAGCUAUGCUGCUUAUGUGGCAGGUCAGCUAACAUGACAAACCUUGGGGACUUGCAUGGGCCCUACUACCCAGUUGGAUCCGUCCACCCAGCCAACAAAGCCCUCAGGAACCCGUCCGCCCAGCGACCAGAUCAGGACUGCAGUGACCAGGACUCGGUGUGCAGCGCAGAAGAUAGGAAAGAUGGGCACUUGAAAGGCCAGUGUGAGGGAUUGCACUUAGAGACAGCACAAGACUCUAGCGGAAUACCAGACAAUGACUAUGAAAGCCCAAAUACAAAUUCUGCUAAGAGGCCAAGGAGAGUCUGUUCUUCAGAUGACUGGCAUGGCGUUUCCCAAGAAACCGCCGACCCUAAGGAAUGCUGGGUACAUGAGGACUGUAGCAUUUGGUCCACAGGUGUAUUCCUAGUCAAAGGGAAGCUUUAUGGUCUGCAGGAGGCUGUCCGGCUCGCGCAAGGCAUUGUGUGCUCCACUUGUCAAAGAGCUGGUGCCACAUUGGGGUGUUUCUUUAAGGGCUGCCCCAAUAAAUACCAUUUCCCCUGUGCUGUACAGUCUGGUUGCAUGCUGAAUGACGAAAAUUUCACCAUCAGGUGCCCCAAACACAAGAACAAAUCAGCCAGAGUAAGUGCAAACAGACUGAAUAGCAGAUGACAGCUAACAGGCCAGUGCCAUAAGGAUUAACUCCACUGGCUUGCUCACUUCACUGUCUCUCAUCAUCGUUGGACCGACUCCCUUAAAAGUUUACACUGACUCUUUUUUUUUUUUCUCUCUCUCUCUCUUCUUUUUUUUUGUACUUUAAGUGUUUACAGUUACUCAGAAGCGG